AUUUGGACGAGACGAUUUCAUUUUUAGUUGUGUCUGAUGCAGACUGGAGGAGCAACAUAAUAUCGUGCUUCUCAGACCUGUCCGUGGUGAAGAGGUUAAAGAGGCCUUAUUUUCUAUGUUUCCUGAUAAGUCUCCUGGGCCAGACGGCAUGAGUCCGGGUUUUUAUCGGCACUUCUGGGACGUAGUGGGUCCGGAUGUCAUCAAGUUUUGCAGUGAAGUUUUCGAAUCUGACAACAGCUUGUUAUUUUUUAGAGCCAUGCAUGACGAAGCUUCAUUGAUCAAGGAAGCAUUAUCAGAUUAUGAGAGGGCCUCAGGACAGGAAAAUCAGGAAAAGGAAUUCGUUGGAAAGAAUGGAACUCCCUUUGUAAGCCGAAACCAGCUGGGGGCAUGGGAUUUAGAAGACUUCGGGAGUAUAAUUUGGCUAUGCUAUCUAAGCAAGCUUGGAGGAUUUUUACAUGUCCCGAUUCUCUUGUGGGAAGGGUUUUUAAGGCCAGGUAUUAUUCGAAGAGCACUUUUCUAAAGGCUAAAAUAGGAAAUAAUCCUUCUUUUAUUUGGCGGAGUUUAUUUCAAACUCAAGAGAUUAUUCGAGAAGGUUAUCACUGGAGGGUGGGAAAUGGACAUUCUAUCAAUAUUUGGGAGGAACCUUGGCUUCCGGACAAGGGGAAUCCGAGAGUGAUUUCGAUGGCAGGUGAAGGACUACAUGAGCGGUGGUGGCAAACCUCUUUGUCACAGAUAAAAAAGAAUGGGAUAAUGACAUCAUAAAUGAUAUUUUUGAAGAAAGAGAUGCUUUCUUGAUCAAAAGCUUGCCUCUUAGCAGACGACAUAUCCCAGACCUGUUAUGUUGGAGAUGGGAGGAAAGUGGCCAUUUUUCGGUUAAAAGUUGCUAUCGGCGUUUGGUGGGAGAGAUGGGGGGUUUGGAAGAUUUAGAUUGGAUGGCCAUGUGGUCAUGUGAGCUUCCUCCUAAAAUUAAAUUUUUUUUUGGCAGGUUUGUAACGGAUGUCUUCCCUUGAGAGAUAAUUUACAAAAGCGCCGAGUGGACUGCCCGGAUUCUUGUGGAUCAUGCGGAGAUGCCAGGGAAUCUGCAGAGCAUAUUUUCCGACUUUGUUCAGUCGUCCGUGAGGCCUGGGAAGCUAUGUCCUGGAAGUGGACCGAGGGGACUGUUUUGCCAUUUGUGGAGCAAAUAAAUCUGGAAUUCCGGAAUAGGAGAAAGGAGACUCUGGAGAAGCUAGUGUGGGGUUGUUGGGCUCUCUGGUGCGAGCGGAAUCAACGCGUCUGGCAGGGGAAAUCUUCCUCAAUGCAACAAAUUAUCCAUAGAGCACAAUCCAUGGUUGAUGGUUGGUCUCAAGCACAGGCAGCAAGAAGAGUUAAGGUGCAGAGGGAGCUUUCUGCGGCUUCUUCGUGGUGCAGACCUGCAGCAGGAAAAAUGAAACUUAAUGUUGACGCAGCGGUGCGAACGAAUGGUUGCGGGCUAGGCUGGUGUGUUCGAGAUGAUAGGGGCAGGUUCGUUGCGGGGGCUGCUCUUCCAUGGCCAGGAAGCUUAUCACCGUUAAGUGCUGAACUUGUGGGAGUUCGUGAAGCUCUAAGUUGGGUCAAGGACAACGGUUGGCUCGAGAUAGAGGUGGAGUCUGAUGCAUCCCGAGCUAUUUCAGAGAUAUUACAUGGAUCCAGUUGUUCGCUGGUUGGUUUUUUGGGUGAAGACAUAAGAGAUUCGGCGAAUUAUUUUUCGAGCAUUUCUUUUUGUCAUAUUAAGCGAUCAGCGAAUAAGCCAGCUCAUGCGUUAGCUAGUGCUGCUUGUUCUAUGUCUGAUUUGCGAUCUUGGUUUUAUUCUCCUCCUGGUUUUGUUAUAUCUGUGUUGGA